AUGACUGACGCCAAACCUGUUAACAUGAUUGCAGCAGAGGAAUCAACCCUUAGUCUGACGGAGGCAACGGAGGAGACUAAGAGCCUCAGCCGACACCAAGUGUCGUCGCUCCUGAUGGCCCACAGCCCACGGGAAGUGCUUUCCAAGGUCAAAUGUGAUUCGCUUAGAGAACUCAAGGCCGACAAAGGACCGGUCAUCGUGCCAGCGGACAAAGGGCGCGCCACGGUUAUACUGGACUGGACAGACUACUUUAAAAAAGCCAAAGGCUUACUGGAGGACCGACAGUUCUAUGUCCUAUGUGCAACGAACCCUGUAAAAGCUCUGACACGCGAAAUUAAUACUACGUUGUUGGCCUUGAAGACCUCAGGUGCAAUAACACCGACCGACAGACGCAUGGCGAGACCCCAAGAUACGGCUUUGGCCCGAUUAUAUGGUCUCCCUAAGGUGAACAAAGAUGGCGCUCCUCUUUGACCCAUCGUGUCGCUCAAGGGUACUCCAACGUACGGACUGGCUAAGUGGCUGUUCCGGCGUCUCAAGUUCCUGACCACUGCGUCAGACACCACGGUCUCUUCGUCAGCACAAUUCCUAGAGAAACUCAAAGGGGUAAGCAUCCAUCCAAAUAAGGUCAUGGUAUCUUUUGGUGUUACAUCCCUUUUUACUUCUAUUCCCCAGGACCUGGCGAUCGAGACAAUCGAGCUGCUUCUACAAAGCAAAUACGGUGAAACGGAGAAUCGUCUUGGAUGCGCUUAAAUCCUUCAGCUUCUAAAGUUCUGUCUCAGGACGUACUUCACGUUCGACGGGACAAUCUACGAACAGAUGAAGGGCACACCAACGGGUUCGCCGAUUUCGGGGUUCAUCGCCGAGGCGGUCAUGCAACGGUUAGAGUCGCUGGUCUUCCAACACCACAAACCGAAGUUCUCGGCCCGGUAUGUGAAUGAUACCUUCGUCGUUAUCGACCGGGAUCAACUGCUGACAUUCAAGGAACGUCUGAAUGCAGUCUUCCCGGACAUACAAUUUACGAUGGAGGAGGAAGAGAACAACCAGCUGGCCUUCCUGGAUGUCCUCGUAUGCCGCAAGGAUUGUGAUGGACUUAAGACCAAAGUGUUCAGGAAAGCGACAAAUACGAUGCAAGUACUGAACUUCAACAACAACCACCCAAUCAGCCACAAACGCAGUUGUGUAAGGACGCUCUACCGACGUGUCGAAAUGCACUGCAGUGAGCCGGAAGACAAGAUGGCCGAAUUACAAUACCUCCGACGGGUCUUCAAAGCCAAUGGCUACCCGCGCAACUUCGUCAACCGGUGCAUACGCAAAAGAGACAAAAGGCCUAACCGCACGGACACCAAAGUUUGGUGA